GCCACUCGCUGGUAAAGGCGCGAGGCUUUGAAGGCGCAUGCGCGCGGUUUUCCCUCUCCUGUCUGCCCUCACACAAAGCGAUGGCGGAACCUCUCAGCGUCAAGAGGAAGCAUGAGGAGAAAGAGGAAAAGAAUGGGGCGGCCGGAGGCUUCCUUUUGUCCGAAGUUUCCUUGCGGAGAGUGCUGAGAGAGUCUGCGCGGGACAAGACCAUCUUCCUCCACGGCCAGGUGAAUAGCGCUUCUGGGGAUGGAACGGAUGCCGUUGUGAUCUUGGAGAAGACUCCCUUCCAGGAGGAGAACAUUUCUGAACUCCUAAAGGAAUAUACAAAGCUCCAGCUCCAGAUGUCCAAUGAUAUCUACAGCACUUACCACCUUUACGUCCCUCCAGAGCUGAAUGAGAUAAAAACGACUGUGGUAUACCCAGCCACAGAGAAACAUCUUCAGAAAUACUUGCGUCAAGAAGUCUAUCUCAUCCGGGAGACUGGGGAGGAUUACAAGAACAUUACUUUGCCUUUUAUCCAGUCUCAGAGCUUCAGCAUUCAGUGGGUUUACAAUAUCCUGGAAAAGAAGGCUGAGGCUGACCGAAUAAUCUAUGAAAACCCGGAUCCUGCUAAUGGCUUUGUUCUCAUUCCUGAUUUUAAAUGGAAUCAAAAACAGCUAGAUGAUUUAUACCUGAUUGCUAUUUGCCACUGCCGAGGAAUAAAGUCACUGAGGGAUCUUACUGCUGAGCAUCUGCCUUUGCUGAAGAACAUUUUGCAAGAAGGGAAAGAAGCAGUAGUGAAGCGCUUUGGGAUUUCUGGGGCUCAGCUGCGGGUCUACCUACAUUACCAGCCAUCUUACUACCACCUCCACGUACAUUUCACCGCCCUGAGCUAUGAUGCGCCCGGAUGCUCCGUGGAGAGGGCCCACCUCCUCUCCGACGUGAUCGAUCACCUAGAGCUCGACUCCCAGUACUAUCAGAAGCGCACCUUGACCUUUGCCCUCCGGGCGGAUGAACCCUUGCUGAAGAGAUUCCAGGAAGCAGGUCACCUCUGAGCUCUCGAGGACUGCGGGACCAAGUGUAUAUUCCUUUCAUGGGGGUCAUUUUGUAUUGUGCCCAAGACAUUUGGGCCAGGUUAAGUCGGAAUACUAAACCGUAGCCUUGUUCUCACAGUUGAAAUCUGGGUAGGAAGAGUGCCCAGCCAAGGUAGGGGAGCUGGGUGCGGGAGCCGGGUACACUCCUGAUCGGUAGUCAUGUGAACUCCAAGGUCAGAGUAGGAAGAGGGGAGAGCGAUUGUGUGGGAAGCAGGAGCUGUGUAGGAUGGCUUUCCUCCGCCCUUGGUAAAAUGCUGGGGAUGGAAUGUGGGUUGGUGGCACCAGACCGAAAACAGACAGGUGGCACCCAGAAAUUCCCUCUAACGGAAAAUCCCAGAUGUUGAUGGCUACAACUCCCAGCAUCCUCAGCCAAAGCCCACUGCAGCUGGGAUUCUGGGAGCUGCAGUCAACAACAGCUGGAAUUCUCUCUUACAGGGAACACUGGGUGGCCCCCGUCCCAGCCAGCAACCACCUCCCCCAUGAUCACUCUCUCCUCCUCCUCCUCUGAUCUUGGAGUUCACAUGACCUCUGAUCAGGUACACCCAGCUCUCCUUUCCCAUCUGGGCACUCCAUCUAACUGGAUUUUGGUCGUGAGAAGAAGCCUUGUGGUUUACUACUGCAUGAAUGAGCCUAAGAGAGCUGUGAGUGGACAGGCUUCUCCCUCCUCUCCUCUCCUGUAGGAGGAGAGUGGAAAACAUUUUCCCCACUUAAGGACAACCCGCAGUUCUUCGUUGCGAAUGGUCUCUGGGAAUGGUGGUUCUAGCUGUGAACUAAUUGUGCUGGGAGCAAACCACACUACCAAGUCCUCAUUUGUCCUUACUCUCAAUUCCCCAUUACAUGCACAUUUGAGAAACUCUAGUUUAUUACCCAGCUAGAGUGAGAGGAGAGUACACAGUGUGGUGCCCUUGUUCCUCCAGGGAUGGGGAACUUUAGUUUGCCAUGGAAGUGGAAGCUUUUACUCUCCUCCUCACAUAUGCAGGAGAGGAGGAUAGAGAGCACACACGUCUCCAGCUCUCUUAGGGCCCUUCACGUCGCUCUCGACCACAGUUUAGUGCUCUGUCCAAACUGGGCCUUUUGUUUAUGGUUCUGUAAGACUGGGUUUGUAUAUCCAUGCCUUUUGCAGUUGGAGCUCCCCCCCCCUUUUCUGUUAAUAAAUGGCUGUACGCUGCUGUA